CCCAGAGCGCGAGCGAGGCGCAUUUGCAUUGACGGGGAGCGUCCGGACCUUGCGCACACGGGCUUAAGUUUUCAGUUUGGUUUAGUUGAAGUUUAACUUCCAGAGUCUCCAGCUUCCGAGAGGUAGAUCAUGCUCAGCAAAGAAGAAAGACGAGAAGCAAAAUAAAGACCCGGGCUUGAUGUGACUCCUAUAAAUUAUGCUUUGACUGUGAUUUACUGACUUGGAGCGCGCUCCUCCGGGCUGUGGUGGAUAUAUAGGGUCGACUCAAGACCCCGUAACAUUUGUGUUUUAAUUUGCGUCAGUGGAACUGAGUAUAAACAUUGCUUACAGUGAUGGAGAGCCUCGUGCUGUUUACAUGGAUGCUGUUGUGUUCGCUCCUGCGGCCGUCGGCUACACAGAACCCCCCACCUGAAGCAGUGCUGAACUGCUGCGAGGGUGACGUCCUCUUCUUAGUGGAUUCCUCAGGCAGCGUGUCAUCCUACGAGCACUCGCACAUGCUCUCCUUCCUGUCUGAACUCCUCCUCCCCUUCUCACUGGGAGAGGAUCAGGUGAGGGUAGGGCUUCUGCAGGUGGGGACCCAACCACGCCUUGAGUUUGGCUUUGACACCUACACCACCCAAAGUGGUCUCCAGGGGGCUUUGAGGAGCAUCAAACCUCUCAGGGGGGACACCAACACAGUAGAGGCGCUGAGAAUGGCAAGGGACCGGGUGCUGAGACCCGGAGCAGCAGGUGGGGCCCGGCCGGGGCUCCCGAGAGUGCUGGUGUGGUUGACAGAUGGGGUAAAACCAGGCGAUGUGAUUGGACCAAUGGCCGAGCUGCGGGAAGAGGGCGUGGCUGUGCUGGUGGCCUCCACUGGGCAUGGUAACUAUCAGGUGUUCAGGCAAGUGGUGACUCCACCGAUUGAAAACCACCUGUACUUUGUGGACAUCGAUGAUAUGAGUAUCAUCACAGAGGACCUGCGGGAUGCCAUCAUUGAGAUCAUCCGAGCUGAGCGAAUCAAUGUCAAAGACGUCUCCACCAACUCUGCCACGCUCCAGUGGCGACCCGUUCUGUCCAGUCUGACAGGCUACUAUGAGAUCCGCUUCGGUCCGCUUCCAUCAAGAGGAGCAGGAGGUGGUGCAGGAGGUGGAACUGGGACCAGUCCGAGCACCGGUGGGAGUCAUUACCAGAGACUCACCCAAUCUGCAGAUUCCAGCACUGUCAAGCUAACAGGCCUGAAGCCUGACACCACCUAUAACGUCACACUGACUCCGGAGUCCAAUGAACAAGCAUUUAAUACUCUCUCUGUCACCUUCACAACAAAACCAGAGCUGCUGAGUCCAGCUGUGGUAACGGUCUCUGAGUCAGGGCAAACCAGUGUUCGAGUGAGUUGGGGUCCUCUUCAGCCAGAGACGGUCACAAGUUACUACAUCGAAUACUCUGCCCUGCCCAGGGGCAAGCUCCACGCUGUCACAGUGGGCCGAACACAAAACUCCACACUCCUCAAGAACCUCCAACCAGAUACCACCUACUUGGUCACUGUUAGCGCCCGGCACGCCUCGGGCAAGGAGAAGGCAAUGUCUGUCAAAGUGUGUACUCAGGAAGUGACUCCAGCCCUGGCAGACCUUCAGUUGACCACAGUGGGUAGUGACUCAGUGCAGGUCGACUGGAAGGGCAGUAUGGCCGGUUUGAGGGGUUACUGGCUCACCUGGGAAGGACAGCAAAGCUCUGACCCUGCCCAGCGCUCCUCCCUCUAUUUGCCACCCGACUCUCUGUCAACGCGCCUCACACACCUCCCCCCAUCGGCUAGGGUGUGUGUGUCACCCAUUUACAAGACAGCUCGGGGAGAGGGACUGUGUUGCACAGCACAGUUUGACUCAGACGCAAGAGCUUAUGGCUACCGAUCAUAGCGCCUCUGAACUGCAAGUGCACCUUACCAAACAUGGAGGGAUGAUGACUAGAAGAAUGCUGACUUUCAUCCAUAAUUCUUUUGAGUGCCUCUCCCCUCUGUGGAUAUUAUCCAGGAGAGAUGUGUGGUUUGGCUUACUGAGCACUCAUGUGGAAGCCAUAGAGACUUAAGAGUGGUCUGGGACAAUAUGGCCACAUGUUGACUGCUCCAAUCUGCAACACAGAGGACUAUUUGCUUUUCCAUUUCUAUUGUCUCAUCUGGUUUACACAUGUAGUAAAUGUAUAAUGCUUCAGUUUAAAGAUGCAAGCGUAAGGUAAAGAUAUUUUUUAGGUCUGUUUUGAUACAGAGCAGGGCAUGUUGAGGUUGUUGGAUGUUUUAUGUGGCUUGUUUUGCAGACCGCUUUGCACCAUAUGUGGGCCUCAUGCCCAAACCAGCAUUUUUUCAAAUCCUGCUAAAGAAAAGAGAACAUCUGAUUUACAUUUAUAAUGAAUAAGUAUGUCUUACACCUACAUUACUUCCUUAUCAGCACAUUUGAUAACAUUGGAUACUUGUGUGCACAAGGAGGGAAGGUUAUCGUGUGGCCCUUUAAUAACAGGAGAUUCAGGGAUUGCUUUAAACGUUCAAGAAAUUACAAACAGACCAACGGAGGUGCUGCAUAUGUUACAUUGUGUGUAGCUGAAAGAGGUCUUGUAUUGGUAGAUCCAUUGUUUAUAUUUAUUAAUCUAGAGUCAUGUAAGUAUGAGAAUUAAUAGCGUACAGUAUACAGACAUGCUGUUUGCAUUUUAAGACUGUUACCUUUUUAUAAGCUGGUCUUUGCUGCCCUCUAUUGAAAGGAUCCUCACAGGCUUACAGCUGGUCUUUUACUGUUAUCCUCUCAGAGCAAAUGUAUUAUGUCAUGUUUGGUGACCACUAUUGAAUUUUAACAUGAGCUUGCAAUAAAGUUCUUUAAUAAUUUUGUUAA